AUGUCAACGACGCUAGGCUCCUCAGAAAAAGACUCAUUAUCUUUGAGAACAAACUAUGAAUCCAGCAGUAAUACAACUAUGAAACUUGAUAUUUGGUUUCAAGUCGCGAAACGUAUUGUACGAUUCUUUCGACUAAUGAAAAUCUCGACAUUUCGGGCGCGUUUUAUCCAUGUUAUAAAUCAUUGUACGUUUACGGAAUUGAAUGAUUAUCAAACAAAUAGAGUUCGAGAAGAUAUUUUAUUUCUCGACGAUGUCGAUCGUUACCACGAAGUAUUCAAUACUUUUAUAUCGUUUGGUUUUACUUGGCAAAACAAGGAAUUUCGUUUAGCAAAGUUAAAAGCGAUCUAUAUCUAUGAUCGAUACAUGUCCACACCCGAAACACUUAUUAAAACCAAUAUCCCGGCAGAUGCAGUGCCAAUUAUUUCUAAUCGAAUCAAUUCUUCUAAGACGCACUCAUCCUCCAUCUAUUUGAAUUUGUUCAAUAAUGCAGAGAAAUUUAUUCGAGAAAAACUAUUAUUCAUCUAUCUGCGCCAAGGUUUGAAUUGUCCUAUCAGUAAAGUACAACAGCAAACUUCAACACCUAUCACCAAUCAAUUAAAGCCAAAUUCAAUGAUAAAUGGCUCUAAUUCUUCAUUCGAACAUAGCAGAGCGAUUAAGACAAAAGAAAGGCCAAAAGAGAUUCUCAGCAUUCAAUCUCAACAUGACGAAAUACUCAUCCCUAAUUGGACAUACUCAAUUGCUACAGGUGUAAUUUAUAAUCCUAUUCGCGAGAAAAUCGUCAGGAAAAACGUUCAAAAAAAGACGACAAAUCUUGAUGUAAAUAUGAAUACAACGGUGGAAACUGCCAUGUCAACUACUUUAUUGAAUCCACAGAUCUAUACAAUACCUGUCCGUCAUAGCCGCCAACACGUUGCAAAUCAAUCUCUAUUAAUCCAUCAACAUAACACUCGGCCUACUAAAACGAUACUCGAUAAAAGGCAAGUAUUCAUAUGCAGAGCACAUUCAUCAUCAUGGACUGAUCAUACUCAACAUGUGCUAAUAGAUUACGAACCUUACAGAAUGUCGUCAUUCAGAUCCGAACAAAACGUUCAUGUCUAUAGCAAUACUUAUUGGAAUUACCUCAUGCGCAAAAAGACGCUGAUGUCUCCGCGUGUCCAUCGUCGAUUAGAACUAUGA